CUCGUGAAAUAAGAGCAGAUAAAGCGGGAAAAGAGGAGCGAUCACGCGCUCACCGGGAGCGGCGCGAGACCUUAGAGACACGGGUUGAGAUGGAGAGCCUGGCGCACUACAGCAGCCCCGCCCAUGCCGUCUCGCUGCUGGGCGUGUUGAACGAGCAGCGGUUGAAGGCGCACCUGUGUGACGUGGUGCUGAUGGUGGGUGAACAUCGCUACCCCGCCCACCGGAGCGUCCUGGCUGCCAGCAGCGAGUAUUUCAGCACCCUGUUCUCCCGGAGAGACGCUGAGAACCACGGCGUGAUCCACCUGGACUUCUGCGAGCCCGAGGCGUUCGAGAUGGUGCUGAAUUACAUCUACUCGUCGUCCCUCUUCGUGGACCGAGGAAGCCUGGCCGUGGUUCAGGAGCUGGGUUACAGCCUGGGCAUCCCGUUCCUGACCAACAUCAUGUCGGCCAGGCCUCAGGCGUCCUACUGCGUGUCCAGGAAGAAGCUGUGCUUCUCUGAAGAAGACGACGGCGGUUUACAGAAAAGAAGCGUCAUCGUGCACCAAGGUGGAGACGCGUUCCCGAAACGUCCACCUGAAAACGUCCCGCCCGGAUCGGGGCAAACUUUGCGCCCCUCGGGAUACAGCAGGCCAAACCAAAGCGGAACGAAAUUGAGUAGAAAUGCUACCGAGGAGCCCGAGAGGGAAAGAAAAGCGAUCGUUCCGUCCAUCCUGAAGGGCUGUCCGGAGUACAGACCCCCCUCGGUAAGGCCGCAGUUGACCUCUUCGGUGUCCUUCAGUGAAACCAUCCAGCACCUGAACUCGGAUUCUUUGGACGACCCGGCGGAUGAGGUGAAACCCGAACCCCUGUACCACCCAAAAAACGUCUCCGGAAGCCAGCGAGGGCCGCAUAAUCAAACCGUAGACCGGAGCGGGCCCCUGAUCAAAAGCCUCCUGCGCAGAUCCCUGUCCAUGGACAGUCCGGUUCCGGUUUUCUCUCCAGUCCUGGAGCUGAAAGACUCGCAGACUAAAGAGCACUCCGCCCUCAAAUCGCUAAAAACCGAGGAGGCUCUAUCGGCCGAAAGCAGGCAUCGAAUGCCGCCGCUGGUUCUCAGGUCUGUUCCACUUAAGGAGAACAAGGACGCUCAGGAGGACGCCCCGGCCAUUAAAAGAGAGGCCAGCAGCCCGUUGGCUGAUCCUGCAGAAAUCAUACGGAUCACCGUGGAGGACAAUCUGCCCGUCAGCUUUGAAGAUUUCCAGGCCAACUACGACGAAAGUCCUCGAGCGUUCUUCGGUCCGUCUGCGAAACGGAAGGCGAUUCUGGACGACACCCUGAACCUCUUUAAGAGAUCCAGUGUCUUAAACGAGCACCAGGUCAGUCAAGAGGACAGUGUAGACAGCAUGUCCAACGAUGCGCCUCAGAACCUAACCGUAAACGCCGAUCAGGAACUCGGAGAACUCAAAUCGACCAAGGCCUUCAAAUGCUGGAGCUGCAUGAAGGUGUUCCGCUCGAACGCCGGCCUCUAUCGGCACGUCAACAUGUACCACAACCCGGAGAAACCCUACUCCUGCGAGAUCUGCCACAAGCGCUUUCAUACCAACUUUAAAGUCUGGACGCACUGCCAGACCCAGCAUGGCGUGGUCCAGAACCCGGCGGCUUCGCCCGGCUCCUACCCGGUCCUGGAUGAGAAGUUCCAGAGGAAGCUUAUAGACAUCGUGCGAGAACGGGAGAUCAAGAAGGCGCUGAUCAUGAAGCUCAGGAGAAACAAGCAAGGCCAUCAGGGUCAAGCGUUCGGCAAGAAGAGCCGCAGAUCGAGGUCUUACGGGUGUCCGUACUGCGGGAAGACGUUUUACUUCCAGUCGCAUCUGAAACUGCACAUUAAAGGACACGCGGUCGAGAGGGCCAACGCCGACGCCCAAGAGGCAGAAGAUCUACGAAAGAGGCAGUACCAACCUGGAAACCAAGUCGAGGAAAGUCAGGACAAGGACGUGUUUCCGUGCAGGCUUUGCAACGAGAAGCUGUCCUCUCCCGAGGAGCUCGAGGAGCAUGAACGAGCGUGCCGGUAUGCCACCGUGUGCCCUUACUGUGGCCUCAGGUUCUCCAAUUCUCUGGUGAAAAAAGACCACGAGAUCAACUGCAAGUUUAAGAAGUUGACCUGCCUGAAGUGCAUGCGUACCUUCAGAUCCUCGUUCAGUAUAUGGCGACAUCAAGUCGAGGUUCACAACCAGAAUAUGAUGACCGCCAGGGAGCAGUUGACCUUUGGGUGUCCGGAUGCCAACCAAGAGCUCAUGGACCAUGGCAGAGCUUCACCGCCUUCUAAGGAGCCGGCGUACGUUGGUAAGAGAAACGAAGCGAGUUAUGGAGACUCCGAUGACUCUUCUUGCGCCCCGGAGGAUUUAAGUUCUCACGGAAAACUCGUCGUCAAAGAGGAGCCGCAAGAGGAACCGGUGACGGACCAAGAGCCCCCAGCUUCUGAUGAACCAGGCGUGUGGCCCUGCGAAAAGUGCAGCAAGCUCUUCAGCUCUCGCAAAACCCUGGAGCGCCACCAGGAGCUUCUGUGCCACAUCAAGCCCUUCAUCUGCCACAUCUGCCAUAAAGCAUUCCGCACCAACUUCCGCCUGUGGAGCCACUACCAGUCCCACACCGAGGAUCCCAUUUCCAGACAGACGGAGAGACGCCCGUCUUCCCCGUCCCCGUCUCCACCCCUUACCAUCUCCAUCCCGGAGCCUACGACCCCUCAAGCAUCCACACCCAAACCGGUCCAAACCGUAAACGCCGUCUCACAAGAGGAGCCCGGAACCGUGAGGUCUUCUCAGCCCAACCCCAACCAACCGGAGCAGGAGCAGCCUGAAAACGGAGCCGAGGACCUCUCCUGUUCCAGGUCGGACGGCGCAGACCAGCCAGCAUCUUCUCAGGAAUCAGACGCCUUCUUUUAUCACGCGCCGACCCUCUCCGCCCUGACUUUUAAGAGGCAGUACAUGUGCAAACUCUGCUACCGGACCUUUAAGACCGCCUUCAGCUUGUGGAGUCACGAGCAGAGCCACGGUCACGUCUAAACCUGCAGGUCUGAGACUUAUGAAGCCAUUAAUUUCUGCAUUUUGGACCGAAAUCAGGCUGAACGUGGGUAGAUGGGAAACUACACGCCAGGGGCCACAAUACAGAAGCAAAUCCCAACUAAUGAAUGAAUGAGAAAUUAUCGUAAUCAAACCCAAAUCUUACAUGAUUAAUGACUAAUAAUUAACGACUAUCAGAGUCUACAUUAAAUACUAAGAAAUCUGAAUGUGUGACUUUUAAUUGUAGGAAUUUAUUGUGCAGAUUUCGGUUGCGUAUACACACAGGGGGAAGAGCUGCGUCCCAAACCGCAUACUACUGUUCUGAAUAGUGUUUUAUAACCAUGUUAUGAAUGGUGUCGUUACCUGUAUGUAGUGUCCGGUUUGGGAUGCAGCCAAUCACAGUAAAGAAGUAAAAGCUACGCCGCUCAGGUGGUGCAGCGGUAUAAACACACACUGGAACCAGAGCUGGAUCUCGAGUACAUCGUAUCGAAUCCUGGCUCUGCCUGCCGGCUGAGGCUGAGCAACCACAUGAACAACGAUUGGCCUGUUGUUCAGAUAUGGGCGGGACUAAGCCGGAUGGGGUGCAAUUACGACCUCUGCUGGCUGAUUGAUGGCACCUGCACAGAGAUGAGAAAAGAGUGCUGUCAGGGUGUGUCUCUCCGUACACAACGCUGAGCUGCACUGCACUCGUCAAAGUGUAGGGGAUAAGAUGCAUAUGGCUGCUGCCCACGUGUCGGAGGGGGCGUGGGUUAGCUUCGUUCUCCUCAAUCGGAGCGGGGAUCGGCAUUGGUGCAGAGGAAGAGUGACGCAAUAAAAAGGGAGAAAAUGCAUAAAGAAAAAAAAAGUGAACUGACUGAAAUGGUCAGUGGUAUCCCAAUUUUCCAAUUCAAAAGGAAACACUCUUCUAACUGUCUCAAUUUUUAAGAUAUUUGGGGGUGGUGUAGUGGUUUAAUGCCCUCUACAGCUGAGCUCUUGGGUUGGCCGGGUCUCUAGCAGGCACAGUUGGCUGUUGUUGAAGGUCGACUGGGUUCCUCGUUACUGCUGCUUGCAAAUUUGACCCCUGAGGCGCUGGCGUAGGUGGUGGGUGAUUCGUGGAGGGCACGGCGCAAAUGGAAAAUGUAAAAAACAGUAACAUUAAUCGCUUUCCGACAAAAAUGCAUCGUAACGAAAACCUCAGAGUGAUUUCAGUGUUGGAACGUUUCUGUAAUGUGGCCUCUGGUGCGGACGACAUUAUGCAAAAGUCUUGACACCCCUGAUCGAAUCCCACGUUGAUUUACUGUAUUCGGCGUAUCGGAAGUAAAAACAGUUACAGCUUGUUUAAUAUUAUUUCUGUUGUAUUUUCCCAUCUAUAAAACAUCCUCAACAUUAUUAGCUGUUCCGGGGGGACGUUAGUCAAACGUGGAGUGAAAGUUUAGGAUCGGACCGAAUCUGGACCUCGUUUCUGCUCCAACACUCUGCGUGUACACGUGUAGACUUUUCUGUUUCGUUAAAUCUCUCGAUCAUCUUGCUGUUCGUUUCGCCCCAUUUUAUUAAAAUCUGAUUCGGUUUAAACGCUUAAAAUUUUGCAAUAAGUGUCGAAGCGCUCGCUCGGUGUUGGACGAUCCGGAGCUGCAGGGCGUCGCCCCGGUGUUUGUGGCCUUUCUCUUCGUUUCCAGUCAGCACUUUUAUGAACUCCGUUGUUCGUACCUAAAAGCACAAGGUGGCGCGUUGAUUUGAUUUCCUCUUUCUACAUGAUUUUAUUUUCUAUAACUCGAUAAAACAGAUGAAUUGUUGAAAAUGAGGAGAUUUCAGACUUUUUGUGGGAGUGGUGUCGCCUUAUUACAUCAUAAAGUACCUAAAUAAUCAACCUAAUACCACAAUCACUUCUUUUAAUGAGAUUCAUUUGAUUGUUUCUAAUUUAUUGAUGUAUUUCUGAUUCUGCACCAAUUUAUUUGAUUUAUUUUCCAGUGUAAGUAUUAAUACAAGAUCAGAAAAACAUAAAGCGUCUCCUGCUGAAAUUAUUUUCACUUCCUGCAACCAGAACCAGUUCAGAUUUGUGAUGAUUAUUGUUUUUACUUUAUGGAACUAAGAGGAAAGUAUUUACACAUUAGAGACACGUCGAGAUGGAACGAUGUGUGACGGGAACAAGUUCCCAUUACCAUUACACAGUCUAAAAUACCAGCAGUUUUCCCCUACCAGGGGUCGGACCGAGAAUUUUUUGGCAACAGGAUAAAUCACCAGGCGUUUGGGUGGCACAGCGGUAAAUCACACUAACCCACUACUGCUGUGAGCCAGGGUUUGAACCUCCAGCGGUGCUAUCAGCCGGCUGGGCGUCUACAUACAGACAUGAUUGGUUGUGUCUGGCCCCAUGAUUAAUUGGCAUCCUGUCCGGGGGGUAUAACUGCACUGCAUCCUGUGAUUUUUAGGAUAACCGGACCCACCGCGACCCUGAAAUGAAAGAUUGGAACAAAUCUGAAGGAUCUGGUUCAGUGUUAUGCAAGAGUUUAAACACGUCUUGGUUGAAUCACGUGUUUUUUCGAACACUGUUAAUUUUUUGCACAUUUUAUUGCACAGUUACUGUUUAUUUGCUGAUUUUAAGAUAUAAAUGGCACCAAAAGUCACAUUUCAUUUCGUUUACUGCAGAAAAUCUGUUCAGUUAUGUUCACUUCCGUCUCUGGAUCUUUUUGACCUGCAGUUCUGCCACUUUAGAUCCCCAGUGUACCAAUACGUCCGAAAAUGUGCCAAACUGGGCUGCAUCUCCCUCUCAUGUUCAGUGGCCCCGGACCCACUGUAACCCUGACCAGGAUAAAAUCAGGUAGUAAAAACAGAUGAAAAGUUGAUGAGGAUUUAAUAGAGCAGCACGUGUUCAGACGUGUUGUGUGGAUGGACUGGUGGUGUGGAUUUAUCUCUGGUGGUCUGUACGGUGGUCUGUACGGUGGUGCGUGUGUGGGUACUGUAUCAGUAUCUGUACGUUAUUAUGAAAUAAACACUCAGCCAUCAGGUCCGGAUGUUGAAAUUCCUUCGAUUCAGGAUUUUCCGUCACAUUUAGGCGUCAGUCGUGGAAGCACAAUCUCACUCAGAAUUUCCUCUGAUCAUUAAAUGUGAUUAAAUUUAUUGUGUCGUUUUAUUUUAUUUCCUCUUUUCAGAACGACGGGUUUGGUUUUAUGUGUAGGAUGGAAAUGUUUAUAUAUGUAUAUAAAUAUAUGAAUAUAAUGCGCUGAUGGGAUUAGCUGGUAAAUGUUGGAGUAUUUUAAUAGAACUGAAGUGAAUUUAGAUCCUGAAACGUUUCUGGUGGGACGUGUUGGACGUGAUCUGCUGUUCUUUUAUUAAUCAGAUGCUUCUGAUUAAUUUCUUCUUCUUUAAAGCUUCUUCAUUUCUUCAUUAAAUGUACACUGUGUGGUCAAAAGUAUUCGGACGCUUGACCGUGAGCUUGUCGGACGUAUUGAAGCAGACUGACCCUCUGUGUGACCUUUUCUUCUUUGGAGUGUAUGUGUGUGUGGGAAUUUGUGCCCGUUCAGUCAAAACAUGAAAGCAUGUGUAUGGAGGGCGCUGAUUUUUCUCAGUAGAUGUUCUGGUUCAUCCCAGAGCUGUUGCGUGGGGCUGAGGUCAGGGCUCUGUGCAGGACACUGGAGUUUGCCCUCCCUAAAUUGUUGCACGUGAAUUCAAGGAUUAGAACAGGCGUCCCAAUACUUUUGAUCAUGCAGUGUAUUACAGGCUGAGAGGUGAGAAUAAUAUCGUAUUAAUGACGUGAUUAGAAUUACAGUUUAAACAGUUUUAGUUGUUUUAUAAUGAGAUUGUAUUUUGUUCAGGUAUUUAAGUGCCGUCUCUAUAAUAACUGAUAUUUGUAAAAAUGCUUUGAUUUUUAUUUUAUGUUGUUAUUUUUUUCUGCUGUUUUCACUGCUUGCUUCCUAAAAUAAAGUGACGCUCCUCAGCA